AUGCGUGUAUACUUGUGUUUUGCCGCGAUAGCUGCGGCCAUAUCAUGUGCCACUGGUGGUGCACUUCCGUCGUUCAUCAAGGCCUGCUCAGCGUCCGAUCCCAACCUGAACCAAUGUAUUGAGAAUGUGAUUACAUCCGCGGGUCCCAAGUUCGCUCGCGGAAUCCCCGAGCUGGGCAUCAAGCCGUUGGAUCCUGUAGAACUUGGCAGGGUAGUCGUGGACAAUCCUGCACUCAAACUUACCUUCGAUGACACAGUCGUAACUGGUUUGGCAGGAUUCAGGAUUAAUACUUUCAAAUUGUUCCCAGAAAAAGGCAAAGCAGUUGUCGAUUUUACAGCCAAUGUGACUUUAAAGGCGCACUACGUAAUGGAUGGUCAAGUACUGAUCCUUCCUAUCAAGGGUGAUGGACAGGCCAAGAUUAAGAUCACGAACCUAAACAUUAAUGUUAAAUACGACUACAAAACUGUCGACGGUUUCUGGACGGUGACAGGCCACAAGGAUGAAUACAAAAUGGACAGGGCACAGUUCAAGUUUACAAACCUGUUCAACGGAAACAAGGAACUUGCUGAAACAAUAGACGCGGUGAUCAACGAACAUUGGGAACCAGUGAUAAGAGACAUAGCGCCUGUGGCAUUCAAAACAAUCAUCAACGCUUGUGUGAAUGAAGCAAAAAAACUCUACGCUGCAGUUCCCGCUAAUCAACUACUUCUACCUUAA